UACGGUCUUCUGUUCCUCCUAAAUGCCUUUGCAACAAUGAAAACAUCAGGCACGCAGCUGCAGGGAAACCAGAAGACAGUCUGGGAUUGAGACAGUUGUUAUGCGGCUGCACUGUGUUUUAGACAAAACUAUCACGCAGCUGGUACUUUAAUAACUGACACGAUGAAGAGACGUUUGACGGUGCAAGAAUCUCCGAGGAGAGAACUGGACCCUCCCGACAGCGAGCAGGACUCUGAUGAAGCCAGCGAAAGCGAGGACACGGAUGGUGACUUCGAGGUCUCGCUGGAGUCUGAAUCCUCCGAUGCGUCCAGUGAUUGUGGGGAGUCCACGGAGAAGACAGAAGAUCUGGAUGAAUGGAAAUCCACGAAUGGACAAAUUGUCUGGCAUCGCACUGAAGCUGAGACGCUGCGUUACUUUCCAGAGAAAUGUGCGCCCUGGGGACCGACACGGUACGCCACCUCCCGCAUCACCUCUGUCAAGUCCUGCUUCGAUCUGUUCAUCACAGAUGAGAUCAUCCAGCUGAUUGUGGACAUGACAAACGUACAAGGGAGACGUUCCGUCAGUCAGUGGAAGGACAUCGAUGCCACUGACCUGCAGGCGUACAUCGGGCUGCUGCUUCUGGCUGCUGUGUACAAGUCACGGAACGAGUCCACCUGCAGCCUGUGGGGUGAACACACCGGACGGGCCAUCUUCAGGGCCACCAUGUCCCUACACACAUUCAGUAGGAUAAACUCUCAUCUGUGGUUUGAUGACAGGCAAACACGACCUGCGCCCCACAAGCAAGACAAGCUGGCUGCCUUCAGGACCAUCUGGGAGAAGUGGAAGUAUCGCCUCCCCCUUCUCUUCAACCCGGGCAGUGAUGUCUGCGUCGACGACCAGCUCGUCCCGUUCAAAGGUCGCUGCGUGUUCCGCCAGUACAUGCCCAGAAAACCAGCGAAAUAUGGCAUAAAGAUCUGGGUCGCCUGCGACGUCCUCACGUCUUACGCGUGGAAGAUGCAAAUCUACACCGGUAAAACUGCCGGCAGUCCCCCGGAGGUUGACCGGGGAAAGAGGGUCGUCCUGGACUUGACGGAGGGGCUCGAGGGCAACACCGUGACCUGUGACAAUUUCCUCACAUCUUAUGCACUGGCGGAGGAGCUCCUGAAAAGAAAACUUGCUCUGGUCGGCAAAAUAGGGAAAAACAAGCCAGAGCUUCCCCCGCAACUUCUGCAGACGAAUCAGAGAGCGCCCCAAUCCUCCCUCUUUGCGUUCACCAGGACGCACACAGCGGUGUCCUACAUACCGAAAAAGGGGAAGAACGUGUUGCUCCUCAGCACCAAGCACCGAGAGCCGGAGGUGAGUAACAAGGAGCCCCGACAGCCAAAGAUAAUCCUCGACUACAACAGUUGCAAAGGAGGUGUGGACAACUUCGAUAAGAGUAUCAGCACCUACAGCUGCAGGAGAAGAACCUGUCGGUGGCCACUUGUUCUAUUUUAUAACAUCCUGGACGUCUCGGCAUUGAAUGCAUUUGUGCUGUGGACAGCCUUGCAUCCCUCCUGGAACAACAACAAAAGCUUCAAACGGAGGCUGUUCAUGGAGGAGCUGGGGAAAAUGCUAGUGUCCCCACAAAUGCAACGUACACAAAGCCCUCCUCACACACCAGCCGCCGCCGCCAUCGCGAAGGAUGAGCAAGAGUCAGGGGAAACCCCAGAGAAAAGCGGGGACGCAGACUACACCAGCAGAAAACUAAGGAGGCCGUGCCAGUUCUGCACUGGAGGAAAACGAAAAAUCGCCAGCACCUGCAACAUGUGUAACAAGCAUAUUUGCAAAGACCACACAUUCUCAUACUGCAGCUCCUGCGGCCACUGAGCUGAACUUUAACCCACACACCACCCUUUCGAUUCAGUAUGCUUUAUUGACAUGAAUGUCGGGGAACAAUAUCGCGAAAGCGUUAAGUGCAGGUAACAGAGUCAUUUGGGACUUUAUCUCUUAA